UAGAAUAGAUUGUUUUCACAUUGCUCUAAAUGUUUGAGAUGCUUGUGAAACUUGAGUGGUGCACGUUUCGUCUUUGCAAAAGUGUUCGCUAGCUAGCUUAGCCAGCUAGCCAUAGCAUCACAUUCCUGUCAUGUUUGUAGUACAAAUACACUGUAGGGAGAGUUUAGCUGGCUGCAGCAGUCAGAGGACAGCUGAGCUCAGCGGAGACACUGACAGAUACACAGCUCUAAUUUAAACCUUGCUGUGGAGUGAAGCGAACCACCACAGCACGAAAUCAAGGUUAUGAUAUCAGCAAGUUGGCUCACAUGGGAGCACAUGAAGAGGAUUCUGUGCUGCCGCAGACAUUGACUAGGCGCGUGGUUCUUCACCAAAUAGGAAGAUGGAGAAGAUGUCACGGGUUACGACAGCCCUCAGCAGCAGUGCCGUCAGUGGCCGAACUAUGUUCUGCCACUUGGACGCUCCUGCCAACGCCAUCAGCGUGUGCCGUGACGCCACGCAGGUGGUGGUGGCCGGCCGCAACAUCUUCAAGAUCUACGCACUGGAGGAGGAGCAAUUCAUGGAGAAGCUAAAUCUACGCGUCGGCCGCAAACCCUCUCUCAACUUCAGCUGUGCAGAUGUUAUGUGGCACCAGAUGGAGGAGAACCUGCUGGCCACGGCUGCCACCAAUGGGGCGGUGGUCACCUGGAACCUGGGAAAACCCUCCCGUAACAAGCAGGACCAGCUGUUCACUGAGCACAAACGCACCGUGAACAAGGUGUGCUUCCACCCAACAGAGGUUUACAUGCUGCUAAGUGGCUCACAGGACGGAUUCAUGAAGUGCUUCGACUUGCGCAAAAAAGAGUCUGUCAGCACUUUCUCAGGUCAGUCAGAAAGUGUAAGGGAUGUCCAGUUCAGCAUGAAGGAUUAUUUCACAUUUGCUGCAUCCUUUGAGAAUGGCAAUGUCCAACUGUGGGACAUCAGGCGUCCAGACCGAUACGAGCGCAUGUUUACUGCCCACACUGGUCCCGUGUUCUGCUGUGACUGGCACCCUGAUGACAGAGGAUGGCUGGCUACUGGAGGCAGAGACAAGAUGGUGAAGGUGUGGGACAUGACCACUAACCGAGCCAAAGAGAUCUAUUGUGUACAGACGAUUGCCUCAGUGGCUCGUGUCAAGUGGCGGCCUGAGAGGAAGUUUCAUUUAGCCACCUGCUCCAUGAUGGUGGAUCACAACAUCUAUGUGUGGGAUGUCCGCAGACCUUUCAUUCCCUUCGCCACCUUUGAGGAACACAAAGAUGUGACCACCGGUAUUGUGUGGCGCCACCAGCAUGACCCUCACUUCCUGCUUUCUGGCUCUAAGGACAGCACGCUCUACCAGCACAUGUUCAAGGACGCCACUCGUCCCGUGAACAAGGCCAACCCCGAGGGUCUGUGCUUCGGACUGUUCGGUGACUUGGCGUUUGCAGCCAAGGAAAGUCUGAUCAGCAGCGAUUCCAACAGAAAGCCUUACCUUGGAGGCGACCGUCGCUACCCCAUCUUUUUCUUCAAGAAGCCUGACCAGACAGAACAGUUUGCCCAUGUGUCCAGUGCGCUUAGCGUCUUUGAGACGGAUUUGGACAGUAACCGCAUGGACUGGUUUGUCAAGACAGCACAACUCUACCUCCUCAGUGGGAAGCCGUUUGCUGAGCUGUGUGAUCACAAUGCCAAGGUGGCGCGGGAGCUCAAAAGACCUCAGGUUUCCACAACAUGGACCAUGUUGAGAAUCAUGUUCUCCGACCCCGCAAACCUCACAACUCCCGGUCCAAACCACAACCUCAGUAAAUUGGGCACCUUGCCUCUAAUGAACAGUUUCAGCAUGAAGGAAAUGGGUUCAGGGAUGGGCACAGAGAGCAGACUGGAGCGCAGUAAAGGUGAGAGCAGGCAGGACAACAUCCACCUGGACCCGGGAAACUCGCACAUCAGCAAUAAUAAUGAAGAAAAUGAGGAGACAGAAGGCAGCGAGGGCCAGGCCGAGUAUAUGUUUGGCGAUGCGGAGUUAGAUGACGAUGACCUCUACUCUAUGGAGCACGAUAACCAAACCGAGGAGCAGGAGUACACACUUCCCCAGGAGGCCUUCCAGCUGCGCCACGAGAUCAUGGAUAACCCGUCAGCCCCGGAGCACCUUCAGCAGGACAAGGCUGACUCCCCGCACGUCAGCGGUAAUGAGGCGGAAGUCACCUGUCUGACGCCCAUCGAGUCCUUCUCGCUCAUCUCCAUUUCCCAGCCGCUGUACAGCCCACAUCUACCUGCCAGCUUCUUCUGUCCCAUUGUGCGGGAGAUGUUGAGCUACUACGCUGAGCAGGGCGACGUGCAGAUGGCCGUGUCUGUGCUCAUCGUCUUGGGGGACCGGAUUCGUAAAGACAUCGAUGACCUCACCCAGGAGCACUGGUACAUGUCCUAUAUAGACCUGCUGCAGCGGUUCGAGUUGUGGAAUGUGUCAAACGAGGUCAUCAAGUUGAGCACAUGCAGCGCCAUCACCUGCCUGAACCAGACGUCCACGACGCUGCACAUCAACUGCAGCAACUGCAAGCGGCCAAUGAGCAACAAGGGCUGGAUCUGUGACAGGUGCCACCAGUGUGCCAGUGUGUGUGCCGUGUGCCACCACGUGGUGAAGGGGAUGUUUGUGUGGUGUCAGGGCUGCAGCCACGGAGGACAUCUGGAGCACAUUAUGAACUGGCUCAAGAGCAGCGCCCACUGUCCUGCUGGCUGCGGUCACCUGUGUGAGUACACCUGAGCUCACCAGAAACACCGUUCACACAGUUGGUGCUCUGUGGGAGUGGGAACCAGUCCUCACACCAGCCUGGAUCUCUCACACACACGCACACCACAGACAAACAGGAUGUCUUUGUUCCACCACGUGGGACUGGAGCGAUCUGUCACUGUGGAACUACGGAACUACGUGUGUGUUUGAGUCAACGGGGGACGAGGUGUGUAUGCGCUCUCCUGGACAGCCAUUCAAGAGCAAACACAAUCACAUUUGGAUUCAUACUUGUGCUGAUGGAUUUGUAUAUAAGCAGAUGUUACAAUAGGUAUCCAGAUAAUAUAACAAUAUUUUUGUGAAUUCGCAUUUUACAUUGUUUUUAAACCCUGCAGUAAAAUCCUGAAGGCUGUGCAGGACGAACUGUCUGAAGUGGAUUGUUAAUGUUUGUACAUAAUGCUUGGAAGAUGCUGUAGAUAAUGUUGAAUUAAUUUAUAUGAGAAAUAACACUAUUCAAGCAAUACAUAUUGUUCUCACACUUGAACUUGUCCUGGACCAGUGAAGUCUGUUUUGUCACCUACAUUGUGAUGUAUGUGUACAUUUUGAAGUAUCGCAUUUUAAAAGCUUAUUGGAAAAAACGUCCCUGAUUUCACAAAAAAGUUUUACACUCGC